GCCUGCGCAAAGCUCGAGGCUUGGCGUGGAAGGGGGAGGAAUGCGUGAGAGAAACCUUACGGAAGAUUUAGCUUCCGGGUCGGGGAGAUCGUUCUGCGUGAGGGGAGGAGGCGCUGUUCAGGGCGUAGGGAGCGGCAGGCAGACUGCGGGGGAAUGGAUCGGGACUUGCUCCGCCAGGCGCUCGGCUUUCACGGGCCGGCGCUACUCUCCUUGCUCCGUACUGAGCAGCACGACAACCCCGACUUCCAGGGCCUCCUGCCACCCGGCGGGGCUAGCUUGGAGGCGCUGCCGCCAGCCAGGAAAGAGAGAGGGAUUGAAAAUAUUGAGAUACAGCACUUCAUUGCAAAAAAAGCAGAUCUCCUUUUUUGUCAUUCUUGGAAAACAAAUGUGCCAACAACAACAGAAGCAAAUGAAGAAAAUGAGGAUUAUUAUGCUACUAUGCCACCUUUGGAGCAGUUCAUCGAUGUUCCCAGUGCAGAGAGGAGAGAACUGUUUUUCCGGGAUAUUGAACGUGGGGACAUAGUUAUAGGAAGGAUUAGUUCUAUUCGUGAAUUUGGUUUUUUCAUGGUGCUAUUCUGCCUGCGGAGUGGUGUCACUCGUGAGAUAGCAGAUCUCGAAAUCACUGCUCUUUGUCCAUUGAGAGAUGUGCCUUCCCAAAGCAGCCAUGGUGAUCCUUUAUCAUACUAUCAAAUAGGUGACCUUAUUCAAGCUGCAAUCAAGGAUAUUGAUCGCUACCAUGAAAAGCUCACAGUAUCAUUGCACAGCUCUGCUUUGUCUCCAAGCCUAGCAAGUACCAAAUUAGGAGUAAUCAGCACAGAUGACUUGCCUCUGCACUAUAGGAGGAGUAUUGAAAUAGCCAGCGGUUUGGAAACAUUUGAAAAAGUUUUGGAUCAUUCCUUGGGCUUUGCCAAUCCAGCAGUAGUUGAGUUUCUGGUAGGAAAGCUAGGACUGAAUGAAUCCAGCCCACCAUCAUUAAUGAGAGGACUACAAAGCAAAAAUUUCAGUGAAGAGGAUUUUGCUGUUGCAUUGAGGAAACGACAAUCUGCUUCCUGGGCCUUAAAAUGUGUAAAGAUUGGUGUUGAUUAUUUUAAAGAAGGUCGUCAUGUAGAUGCUAUGAAUGAAUACAACAAGGCAUUGGAAAUAGACGCACAAAAUGUCGAAGCCUUAGUAGCCCGUGGAGCUCUGUAUGCAACAAAAGGAAGCUUAAAUAAAGCAAUCAAUGAUUUUGAAGUUGCUUUAGAAAACUGUCCAACGCACAGAAAUGCCACAAAGUACCUUUGUCAAACUCUUGUUGAACGGGGAGGCCAGUUGGAAGAGGAAGAUAAGCUGUUGAAUGCUGAGAGCUACUACAAGAAAGCUUUAAAUGUAGAUGAGACAUUUAAAGAAGCUGAGGAUGCCUUGUUGAAACUUCGUAAGCAGAUGCAGAAAUCUCUGGAAAUGAGAGAGAAACAAGCCGCAAAAGAAGAGAGGCAAAAAGAGAAGAAAAUAGAAACAAGUGCAGAAAAACUGCGUAAGCUCUUAAAAGAAGAAAAAAGGUUAAAGAAGAAAAGGAAAAGGUCAACUUCCUCUUCCUCCUCCUCUGAUUCUUCGUCAGAUGAAUCUCCUUCCUCCUCUUCCUCUUCUGAUAACAAAAAGCGUAAGAAAAGGAAUCGGAGUCGGUCCGAAUCCUCGUGCAGCUCAAAAAAGCACACUUCUAGGAGUUUCUUACAUCAGAAUAGGAAAAAUGACUGCUAUUCUCCUCCAGCCAAUACCUCUGCUUCCUUCCUUAAUCAAAAGCAUGAAAUGGAGAAACUGCUGGAGAGACAGGACGGGUUAGCCUAUCAAAAACCUGAGGUAACAGAGAGAGAGUACUCUCUGUCAAGGACUCGUGCUCCCAAUGAAGAUGCUUAUGGAGGUAGGUCUGAAGAUUCCAGAGAUUCAUACAACGGCUCCAAGACUCAGGCAGAUAGUAACACAACUGAGAAACAGGGUAAGUUAGAUAAAGUUUCUUCUGAUAGGAGGGAUAGUACAGGUUCCUACUGUAGAAAGUCUGAUGACAGGAACAAGACAAAAUAUUCAAGAAAAUUAGAAAAAGAAUUGAGGAGGAAGGAGCAUUAUCAAAAGCACAGCCCAAGCCAAACAAAGUACUCCACAUCUCCGACAGGGUCUGAUUACUCAACCAAAUCAGUUGAAUACUACAAACAAUAUACCAGCCAGUGGAUAAAUGAGCCUAGUAGGUAUAAUGCCGACAACAGGCCUGAGUUGGCAUGGAUUAAAAGUGAGAAAGAACCCAAGAGUAAGGAAAGGGAUACCAGAAAAGCCAAUGACCUAGAUGAGGAAGCUACACUCAAUGGUAAAGGACAAUCGGGAAGUGGUGCUAGGAAACAACUGCCUCAGAACUUACUCAACAUAUUUAAUCAGAUUGCUGAAUUUGAGAGAGAAAAAGGAAGCAAGCAGAAAAACCAGUGAUUGUUUAAAAGAAUCUGUUACACUGGGUGCAAGCAUAGUUCAAUUUCUAAUUACUAGACAAGUCUGUGCUCUUAAUAGAAAAAUAGAAAUGUUUAGGGUUUUAUUUUUUGUUCCCAUCCCUUGAUAAGAUACUGAUUUAGGGAAUGAUGAAUAUGCAAGAGUUACAUCAUAUUUUUAACUGAGUUUCUUAUGCUGUUUAGGAUAUUAAGAUGUGAUGGUGUGAUUGGUUGAAAAACUUAACUACUAUUAAGACUGCCAUCUGUGCUGAGUAGCAGCCAAAUUGCACUUUACAGGAGGAAACUUUCCAAGGCAUCAAUGACUGUUAACUUUCUAUGGCUAGCAUAAGCAUAAACUCAAAAAGUUUUUAAUGAAUGUGCUAUCAGUGUAUAUAUAGUCUGUCUUGCUAUUAAAUUUUUACAAAACUC